AGUUACUUGUAGGUUUAGUGAGCAUACAUAGGUAUCAAGGUGAUGAAGUGAGCUUGAAAUUGGCAAACUCUGAGUCGAGCAUUCUUCGUAAUGCCAUUGAAGAAAAAACAUUUAACCAUGAAGGAAAUCCUCCGAAUUAUCACUACAAGGAGCAAGCCACAACUCAUGGCUACUUUGAAUCACUACAAAGAUGAACAUGGUUGCAAUAUGACCAAGCAUUUAAAGGAUGAUCGAGCCAAUGAGUACACAGAAACACUACGUACCACGAUUAGAUGCAUGAGUGAUCCGAUUAAGUACUUUGAAAAGGUGAUCCGUAAUGCUGUUAAAAAGAGUGGGAACAACGAGGACGCACUAACUCGGGUGAUAGUUACACGAGCUGAAAAAGACCUAAAGAUUAUCAUGGACCAAUAUCACAAGAGGAACAGUGUGCCACUUGAUCAGGUUAUUGCAAAGGAAACUUCAGGGCAUUACAAGCGAUUCCUUCUUGCACUAGUUGGGAAGGAUGAUUAGUUUACAACAUUGAUAUCUCAAGUUUAAGUUGUUCGACGAUGAUGUUUAUGAGGUUCUUUUUCUUGGUUCAAAAUUUGAAGAUAUGUAUGGCUUGUCUGUUUGUAUGUGCUUACAAAAUGUGUGAUUGUAUGGUGUAUGUACAAUCUAAAUAAAUAAUUUAACUUUUAUUAUUUAUUGCAGAAGACCGAG